GGCCCCAGCUGCCCGCGGCGCCGCGCUCCUGCUCGCUCCGGGCCGGCCCCUGCAGGUGCCAUGAGCCAGGAGGACUUCCACAGGAGCGUGCUGGACGCCCAGGAGUGGAUGAAGGCAGUACACGAGCGGCUGCACAUCAAUGACAACACCCAGGGGCCCCGCGCGGCCCUGGAGGCUCGGCUGCGGGAGACAGAGAAAAUCUGCCGGCUGGAGCCCGAGGGGCGCGUGAAGGUGGACCUGGUGCUGGGUGCGGCGGAGGCCUUGCUGGCCUGCUGCCAUGAAGACCAGAAGCCUGAGGUCCUGGCCCAGCUGAGGGACAUCAAAGCCCAGUGGGAGGAGACGGUCACCUACAUGACUCACUGUCACAGCCGCAUCGAGUGGGUGUGGCUGCACUGGAGUGAGUACCUGCUGGCCCAGGAUGAGUUCUACCGCUGGUUCCAGAAGAUGACGGUCACGCUGGAGCCCCCUGUGGAGCUGCAGCUCGGGCUGCAGGAGAAGCAGUGGCAGCUGAGCCACGCCCAGGUGCUGCUGCAAAACGUGGACCAGCAGGCCGUGCUCCUGGAGCGGCUGCUGGAGGAGGCAGCCUCCCUCUUCAACAGGAUCGGGGACCCCAGCGUGGACGAGGGGGCCCAGAAGAGGAUGCAGGCCGAGUACGAUGCCGUGAAGGCCAAGGCCCAGGAACGGGUGCACCUGCUGGCACAGGUGGCCCAGGAGCACGAGCAGUACCAGGCGAAUGUGGACGAGUUCCAGCUGUGGCUGCAGGCGGUGGUGGAGAAGGCGCACAGCUGCCUGGGGCGGAACCGCAAGCUUAGCCCGGCGCACCGCCUCUCGGCACUGCAGGACAUCGCCAAAGACUUCCCCAGGGGAGAGGACUCUCUGCAGAGGCUGCAGGAGCAGUCGGUGGGCGUCAUCCGGAACACCUCUCCCCUGGGAGCGGAGAAGGUGGCCGGCGAGCUGGACGACAUGCGGAAGGUUCUGGAGAAGCUGCGGCUGCUCUGGGAGGAGGAGGAGGCGCGGCUGCGGGGCCUGCUCCAGUCCGAGGGGGCCUGUGAGCUGCGGGUGCGGCAGCUGGAGACCGAGCUGGCAGAGUUCCGGAAGCGCCUUCACGGGCUGGCCCAGGAGGGCCUGGAGCCCACAGCGAGGGCAGGGACCGAGGACGAGCUGCUGGCGCACUGGCGACGCUGCUCGGCCACGCGUGCAGCCCUGGCCUCAGAGGAGCCCCGGGUGGAGCGGCUGCAGGCCCAGCUGAAGGAGCUCCUGGGCUCUGCCCACGACCUGCAGCCCCUCUCAGACGCCGUGGUCGCCGCCAUCCAGGACUAUCACAGCCUGAAGGGGAAGAGCGCCAGGCUGCGCAGCGCGGCGGCUGCCCAGCUGUGGCAGCGGUUCCAGCGCCCCCUGCAGGAUCUGCAGCUGUGGAAAGCCCUGGUCCAGCGGCUCCUGGACGUCACGGCCAGCCUGCCGGACCCGCCCUCCAUCCACACCUUCCUGCCCCAGAUCGAGGCGGCCCUGGCCGAAAGCUCUCGCCUGAAAGAGCAGCUGACCAUGCUGCAGCUGAAGAAGGAGCUUCUGGGAGGCGUCUGUGACCCUGACAGGGCGGCGGCCUUCCUGGAGGAGGCAGCGAGCUCGGUGCGGGACCGAGACCUGCUGCAUAACAGCCUCCUGCAGAGGAAGAGCAAGCUGCAGAGCUUGCUGGCCCAGCACAAGGACUUUGGGGCCGCGUCUGAGCCGCUGCAGAGGAAGCUCCUGGACCUCCAGGCCCGGGUCCAAGCGGAGGACGGGCCUCAGCCGGACCUUCCUGGAAAGCAGGCCCAGCUGUCAAGGUUGCAGGGGCUGCAGGAAGAAGGGUUGGAGCUGGGCGUGCAGGCGGAGGCUCUGCGGUCUCUGGUGCAGGGGAAUACCAGCCAUCAGCAGAGAGCAGGCCAGCUCUCAUCCGACUGCCAGGCCCUGCAGCGGGCCCUGGAGGACCUGGUGGACGGGUGUCGGCAGAGCGUGCGGGAGCACCGUACCUUCAGCCACGAGCUGCUGGAGCUGCGCCAGUGGAUCGCCGUGGUGGCACAGAGGCUGGAGUCCCACCAGGGAGAUGCGGAACCGUGGGAUGCCGCGUCCCGAGAGGCCGAGGUCGAGAGGUUGGUGGCGGACUUCCCGGAGAAGGAGGCCCAGCUGCUGCUGAUCGAAGCCCGUGGCCGGCGGGUGCUGGAGCAGUCUUCCCGGGAGGGGGCCGCCGCGGUCCAGGAGGAGUUGCGGGAGCUGGCGGAGUCCUGGCAGAGCCUGCAGCUGCAGAAGGAGAGCCUGCUGAGCCGCGUCAGAAACUGGCAGGUGCAGAGGACGGAAGUGGAUUCAGGGAAGAAAAUGAUUUUCACCAACAACAUCCCGAAGUCUGGGUUCCUCAUCGACCCCACGGAUCCUCUUCCCAGGCAUCGCCGGGGGGCAAACCUGCUUGUGGAGGAAGAAGGCAGCCGCGAAGAGCGGUCGCGGCUCCUGAGGGACUUUGAGCAGUGGCUGCAGGUGGAAAAUUCCAAGCUGGUGAGAAUCAUCGCAACGAGAGCCGCCACAGCCGAGGACCUGAGGACCCGGGAAACCAAGCUGCAGGAGUUGGAGGCUCGGGUGCCAGAAGGCCAACAUCUCUUUGAGACCCUCCUUCAUCUGAGACCGGCAAGGGGAACCUCGGAUGAGCUGGAGGAUCUGCGCUACCGCUGGAUGCUGUACAAGUCCAAGCUCAAGGACUCCAGCCACCUGCUGAUGCAGAGUUCUCCGGGGGAGCCGACUGGAUUCCAAAAGACGCGGCGGCGGCGGCGAGGCCUCGGCCACCUCUUCCGGAAGGCCUGCUGCACGGCGCUCCCGCUGCAGCUGCUGCUGCUGCUGCUGCUGCUGCUGCUGUUCCUGCUGCCCGUCGGGGAGGAGGCCCGCAGCUGCUCACUGGCCAACAACCUGGCCCGCUCCUUCACGCUCACGCUGCGCCACAGCGGCCCCCCGCCCACCUAGCCCGCCAGGGCCACGGCUGAGCUUCACCAGCCUCCGUCCGUCCCGGCACACACGUCCCGGGGGAACCUGGAAGCAGAGCCGCCUGAGCACACGUCCUGGGUCCGAGUUCCCAGCACCAGCUUGCCUUGGGUACGGCGUCGUCUCCGUCUGUGUGUGUGCCAGUGUGACCCAGCAACACCUGUGUACAUGCUCCGUCUGCUGUCACGCAGUGUCUGUUCAUGUCCCCGGAGGUUCCUAACAGGGGGCCUCUCGGGGGAGACUUGGUAGCCUUUGUGCCUUGGCUUGCCGGCAGCACCGGCAGCCCCUCUUCCAGAAGUCAGUCCCAAACCUGGAAGUCUGUGGACAAGCCUGGUGACGUCAGCACAGGAGCGCGGCCCAGGCCCUCACGCCCAGGCUGGUGACCCCCGCUGUGGGCACAGUGGGAAUGCACACGCCCGUCUGCUUCCAAACCCAAACCCACCACAGUUCUGUGCUGUGGGGUGGAAGUAGAAAUGGCGACGCCAGAGGCAGGCCCAGUGAUGGCAGUGAGGAGUGACUGGGACACAGGGCUCAGGGCAUCAAGGGCGGGAGCCCAGGCUCACCGACAGCAUGGACCACAGCUCCUGUCCACGGGCAUAGCAGCGGCCCUCCAGGAAGUGGCCAGACUGCGCUCCCCGUGUUUUGUUCGGGGGACAGGGAGGACACAGACUUUAUUCUCAAGAUUUCCAAGCACACUGUGCACACUGCACCCCCACAGCCCCAGGGGGAGCCGGGUCAUUGCUGUCCCCUGGCACCGGAGCUUCACGCUCGGGGAUCAGCUGAAGGUGCAGGAGAGAGGCACCUGCUGUGCCACGCCCUGGGGAGCAAGGGUCCCCGCUGGAGAUAGCCCUCCCGUCUCUUCCAGAUCCACUGGCCAAGCCUAUCCCAUGUGGCCCACUCGGGCCCAGAACCAGGCCUUCUCGGCCAGAUCUGGGAAGGUGGGGCUCCAUGCCACACCCCACCUGGGGCAGGGACAGGGUGACUCCAUGUGGGCACUGAGGCCAGAAACAUCCCUGCUGGGCCAGGGGCUCUGGGGUGACAUCUAAGUGCUUUACAACCACAUCACAUUUGCCCUCCAUGAAUGUGUCCCUGUUUGAAAGAUACUCAGUGUCCCCUUUCUCCAGUGGCUUUGUCUCUGGCUCACCUAGGAGUCCAGAGGUGAUUUGCUCAGGCCCUGUGUUGGACCUCGGACUCACAGAGUGUUUUACCUGGAAAGGCACAGAGGGCCCCAGGCGUGUCCCGGCCCCUCCCCCAUCUGGCCCCAGGAACCAGGGAAGGGCUGGAGCUGCCCUCACGGGGGUGGGAGACCUGCUCCCUGGGGAGCUCUUGGCAUUGACUCAGCAAGCGCACUGUCCCAGGUACACAAGCAGGCAAACCCAAGCUUCAGGCCCCAAGCCUCAGGCCCCCACUUCCAAACCUAGCAGUUUGCUAAGGCCAGAGCCCAUUCCUACUCUCCCACUUCCCAGGUGAGAAAGCAGAGGCCCAGAGAGGGCUGGGCGCUGGGCGCUUGCCCCUGGCCACCCAGUGAGAGGCUGUGGGCCUCCAGGCGGUGCUGUGCUCACGCGAGCAGAACCCCUCCCCCCCCCCCCCCCCAGCAACCUCCCGUCCCACAUUCCACGUGAUGCAGUCGUGUCACGGGGGCAACGUGGAGGGGAGGGAGACUGCGGCUGUGGGCGGCUGUACCUGUUCUAAACUUUGAUGGUAAUGCCGUAGAGUCGUCUGUUCACAUAACUUUUUGAAAAAGGAGGGAGAAUUGCUACCUUCAUUACUCUCCCAUCCGGCAGCUGCGACGACACGAAAGAGCCGUUUGCUGGUGCUUCUCACGGCGAGCGCGGGCGAUUAUUCUGUUAGGACCUUGCUAGCAGCCUGUUUGACAACUGCCAAGUCGCCGUGCAGCCCGCGUGGGUGUGUGCGUGCUUCCUGUGUCCCCGGAGUGAGAGGGGCCUGAGUCGUGUGACUGUCGUGUGUGUGGGUGCACGUGGUGGGGGGUGGAGAAAGAGGCACAGGUGGGUCAGUGCCCCCUUGCCUGGCCCACACGCCCUGCUCUUCCUCACUCUGCCCUGGGUGUGGCAAGGGGCACACAGGGUCUGGCGGAGAGCACAAGGUGGGGGGUGGGGGUGCGGCAUGAGGCCAGGAGCCACCCGGGCGUGCCAGUGGGAGGGCGACAGGAAGUGCAGACAAAGAGCUCAUUGGUUUGGUCCCUACUGGCCCGCCCCUGGUGAGCGCUUUGCAAGCCUUCUGUCCUGCAGGGCUGCACAGGGCCAGGCCCCCGUUUGAGAUGAGAACCUGGGGCCUGGACACAUAGACAGUUGUCCAUGUGGAAGUGGAAUUUGAAGCCAGGUGUGGCCCCAGAGCCCAUGCCGGGGCAGGGGUGGGUGGUGGGAAGGGGCUUGGGAUGGCUCCAGCAGGUCACCGUGUCUGCAGCUCCUGGGAGCGGGUUCUGUGCACACAGACAGGGCUCUCGGCUCGGAGGAGAGUGAUGUUCCCUGUGCGUUCACGCGGUCGUCUACCUGAUGUCAUCUUCAGUCGGCUCUAGAGGGCGACUUCUGCCCCACUGGGAGCUCAGCCCCUCCCCACCCUGCGGUGAGGGCCACGGCCAAGAAUGACGGCGCCCCCAGCUGGGUUUUGUUGUCUUCCGUUAAAAAUCUGGAGGCGAGUGUGUUUGCUCGCACUCAGCACACCUUGUGGACACAGAGGAGGGGCCCCUGAAUGUAUAGCCCAGCUCCAUCUCUCAGGUCUCAGAGCCACCUUCAGGGACAGCCCGCAGCCACGCUUGUCCCUGGGCAGUUCCAGGGGAAGGCAGCUGGGGGCGCUCUGCAGCCAGGGGCCUGGGCAACCAAUGGCUCCUCUCCUGUGCUGCCACUGGGCAGCACUGGCCCACCUGCCCCACAGGACAGAGUGAGACAGGACAGGAGGGGACCUCGUCUCCCCUGGUGGACUGUAGACAGGCCCGAGCAGGGGAAGAGGCACACAAUGAGCUGGUCUGGUGAGGGCACCCAGAAAGUGGGACAGAGGGAGUCUGACACCAGGGCCACGCCAGGCUCCGGGCCACCGACCCAAGUGGUUAAAAGGAGGGGUUUUAUGCUAUGCAUGUGUCUGCCACCAUUUGAGACAAAAGGGAGAGACAGUGACAGCCGGGCUGUGCCUUUCUGGUGGCCAAGGCUCACCCACGGCCAGGCGGCAGUGGCAAAGCUUCCACUGAGCGAAGACAGAACCAGGAGGAGGAGGGCCGAGGCGCUGAGCCUCUCCCCGGGGUCUUUUUAUCAGGACGACGACUCCAUCCCGAGAGCGUGUCCUUCCUCGGGAGCCCACGUUCAGUGGCCUGUGGGGACAGAGUUGUGUCCUCCUGCGUGGGUUCUGUUUUGAAUCCUCGUUGGGUGGGGUCAAAAGUCGCCAACUUCGUGUUCUUUCUGGGAGAACGGGCGAUCCCGACGGGUGGGAGGCCCGGGGCUGGAGGAGGUGGGGAAAGAGAAGGAGUUGGGAAAUGUUUGAGCAAAGGGUGUCAGGACAGUGGUUUGGUUUCCAGGUGCAGAAGGGAAUCCCAGCUCAUGGGAGGUUAGAGCGGAGAGCAAAAGUGAACAGAGCGGUUCGAUGGACACAGAACACUGUCUUCUCCAGUGUUAGGAGUUAGUGAAGUUACACAUCCCAGCUCUGUUCACAUGUUGUUGUCAAUGCAAGACGACAGGGGGAGUGAGACGGUGAUUUAUGGUGGCUGGGCAUGGGGAGGCCAGGAGCCUUGCAGCUAAGACCUGUAAAAGUACAUGUGUUGGCCCAUGGUGCCACGGCCACGCAUGUGCCCAGAAUCUGCUUCCUGGCCCCUGGUCAGUGGGCAGCCUGCGCCUCGUCCUGUUAAUCCAAGGCAGUGAGUGUUCUCCGAGUCCUGUCUCUGGUCCAGGCUUGUGCAGCUCCUGCCCUCCAGGCACCCAGCGACCAGGGAAAGGGUUUGUGCCCUAGAAGAAGCCAAAGCAAACAUGGGCUGUUGCCCUUGACUUUGCUCCUCGCCUGCCCCAGGGUGGCUGGGCCACCGUCACAGGAGCUGGGAGGGCCACGCGGAGGAGACCUGCUGGAGUUCAGGAUGGCCGUGGGGGUGGCUUGCUGCCUCUCGGAGAUUACCGUGGCCACUGUGUUGCUUGACCACCUGGGCUGACAGGUGCAUCCUUGGGCUGUGCUUGGUCUUGGGGUGCAGGCUCGAGGGGGAGCUGAGUCAAACACCCCACAUUGUGUCGUCUCUACUGUUAGCACCACUGUUGGUCUGUAAUCUUGGUAAAGAUUGGAAAUACCAAGCUGAGAAUCGCACUCUGCCCGUGGAGGGUUUUCCACGUCGGCCAUGUGCCUUCCGUGUGGAUCCCUUGUCCGUGAACUGGGAAGAGCUCCUGCCAUUCCCCACUUCCAGCCGAUGGGUCACAGAGCAGAGGAGCUGAGGGACCCCCGAGGAGGCUGUGUCUGCAGCUCCUGGGCCCCGCUCCCUGCCUGCUGCAGGAGUCCUGAGAGGCCGGCAGCUUCCUUCGAUGUCUGCUGUCCUGGUCUCUCCCUGGUGGCAGUGCAGUGGUCACCAUGCGCUUUGUGUCCCUGGUUGUGCUCAUUCCCUCUCAUGCGAGCUCGGCUAAUGCAGCAGGAGCUCCCCCGACUGUCCACACCCCAGUCCAGCUGCCACAGGUCCAGGUCAGCGUGGGAGGAGAGGUGCGGGCCACCACAUCCCUUACUGCAGCCCAGCAGACAGCAGCAAUGGAUCACCGAGAUAGUCCUCUCCCUGAUCCAGCCUGAACAGAGCGCAUGGUCCUCAGGCCCUCUCAACUGCCAAUCAAUCAUAUUUGACAGAUGAGAGAAGUCUGUUUGACAUCCUUAGAGCAGAUGGCAGCCCCCUCAUUCUGGCUUCCUUCUUCUAUAAAUAUAUAAUUCCAUAUAUAUAAAAUUCCAUAUAUAUAAUCCCAUAUAUGUAUAUAAUUCCAUAUACAUAUAUAUAACUCCAUGUAUAUAUAAUUCCAUACAUAUAUAUAAAAACUCCUAUUAGAAUGUACCCAAUCAAAAAUCACUUUUGUUCAUCUUGUUCUUGGGUGAGACAAACGAAGGUAAUGGGAGGUAAUGGGAGCAGAAAGUGUUAACUGCUCCUCUGAGGGCCUGUUUUUUCAGGCUGUCUUGGUUCCGCUUUGUGCCCAUUCUACAGGUUAGAACAGUGAGGCCCCAGCAGCUCCUGCUUACCCAGUGAGCUCAGAGAGUUCGUCCAGAGGUGGGGCUAGGUCUGUGCAUGCCUUGGGUGACAAAGUGACCCUGCCCAGCAGUGCCUGGGGCUGAGCCUGGGCUCUCCUGGUCCUGGGCCGUGUGGCCUUGGGCCAGUUCCCUGCUGCCUUUCCCCUUCCUAGUGGUGAAAGGGAAAAUUACCCAGGAGCCUCUUGGGCUCCUUGAGCUGCCGUGUAUUCUGGAAAUUAGGGUCCCAUCUGGGGGAAACAAAAUCGCCCUACCCGGCCAACUGUGGCUCAGACUGAUAGGGACUUGACCUUGCUCUCAUCCCGAGAAAUCUAGAGGGAGAGACAGCGCCCGUUGCCGCUUCUGCAGCUACGAGGUGUCAAGGCCAGCAGGUGCCAGCUUGCUUUUCUGUGCUGUCACGACAACCUCGUGGCCCACCGUGCUUGCUCUACCUCCAAUUUCUCAUCUGGGUCCCAGGCAGGAGGAAAGGGAGUGAGUUUAGUGACUCUGUUUUCCCGGACGCUCCUCCGACAACUUCCACCCUCAUCUUGUUGGCCGAGACCCUGUCACGGGGCUCCCCUUGUUUGGGAACACGCCCCCAACAAAGCGGGGUUCUUUGAGAAAAGUGGGGAGGAUGGAUUGGGGCGGUACCUGGAUGUCACUUCCACGGGCAGAGAAGCCCGAGCCCCCGGGUCUGGCUGUCUCUGCCAACAGAACUUGGAGAUGUUCACCCUUGAACUUGAGAAUGACCUGGCACCAUGGCCAGGAGCCUUUAGGUCCCCCAGGUUUGGCAGACGUUCUCACGAGGCCUGGUCGACCCUGCGGGGCUGGGUCUGUGUGCAGACAGGGCCCUGCCCCCUCACCGUGCUGUGAUCCCCAGGGCCCAGCCUCUUCACGCCCUGUGUUUGCUUUCCGCACAGCAAAUUUCUGUUCACUUUUUUUUUUUUCUUGAACACGAGGAGUUCCUGGGUUCAAAUCCUGAGCUCUUCCCAGCCACUGCCAAUUUUCUAGCAGGCACCGAGGCCUCAAAUGGAAACAGGAGCACCCACAGGUGGCCCCUGUCACCCCCCGAGUCCCGGGCUCCUGCAGCAGGGGCCACAGUUGGGGAUAGAAGGCAGGCCUCGUUUCUCCCCCAGAGAACACCUGUGUUUGUCCAAGUAGGACCAAGGGGGACUUGUUUUGAAAGGGAAAUUAUAAAGCAGAGAUUCAUGGUCUAAAAGCAAAUCUGAGAGCCCUGGAGAGUGGCCAGCCGGACUCAGCAUCGGCCUGGCACCUGCCCAUGGUUGUCAUGGUAACAUCACAGCUGCUCCCAAGUUGAUACCCGACCACCUCCUCUGGACAGGAGUCAGCAAACUCUGGGAGGAACCUCAGUUUCCCCCAAGGGAUCCUGGGCUUCCGUUCUGGAAUGCUUACUUCUGAGCCCAGUGGGCGGGGUCAGCAGGCCAAUCCCUGCCCGGCACCUCUGGGGGGAUGGGGGACAAAGGUGUGCAGCCCCUCUCCUGCUGUGAUGAUAAAGGCAGAGCAGGAAGCAAGGUGAGGGCCCCCAGUGGGGCCCUGACUCCUAGAUGCCUGUGCUACGGAGCAGUGCACACCGAAGGCAGAGCACAGACCACCGGCUAGGUGGUCAGCGGUCAGCCCUGGGAGCGUGGGUCCCGGCCCGACGUUGCUGUCACUCCUAGAACUUUGCCUUGGCUGCAGUUGCUUUGCUUUGCAGGCCACAGGCUGUGGUGACUUUGGCAGCUGCUUCGCUGGUGGACGCACCAGAGCAGCGGCUGCACAUUUCCUGCACGAGCCCACUCCCCCGCUGCCGUCGGGAGCUGGCAAGGCCAGGACGGAGUGCAGGGCACAGAGGCAGGUGCUGACCGUCUGCCUGGCUCUCCCGGAGACACAGGGACAGGCCACUGCUCGCAGGGACCCAGAGUGCAGCGUCUGCUGUGAGCUGGCUCCUGCCAGGACAGCGGCUGUGCGCGUUUAGAAGUUCUGCCGGGGAGGAGGAAGUGGCCAGGCGAUGUGUGUGUAGCUGGUGUGCACCUGUGUGUGUGUGUGUGUGCAGGAACGAGUGCCUUCCGCUCCACUUCAAACCCAGAAGCCCAGCCUUCAUUCCGACCCAAAUGGGUUUUUGGUUUCUUUGUCUUCCCAUGGAAGGGCUCAGAGCAGAGGGGCACAAGCCUCCGACAUCCCAGCCGGAAGGCAUCUGUCGACUCCGGCACUCGCGCUACCCCAAGCCACGUCUGCCUGGGCACGCUCGCCCCAUCUUCCCUACCUGGGACCUGGGUGCGCUAACCCGACGCUGCCCAUUUCUUGCAUGGCUGGAACAGUGGCUCACGCAGCGCGAGGCAGGCGAUGGGGUGGGGGGUGUGCGUGUACACGCGUGUAGAUGCUGCGUACGUGGUUUCUGGUGGCAAAAGCCAGCUGAUUUCAUUGUUUCAAAUGUGCUGUUACGUACUGUGUGUGCAGAGGGACCAUAUCCAGUGUUAUGUUAUUUGUGAUCGUAAAAUAUGCAUUUGCAAUCAAUUAAGCUUUCUGGGAAGGCAAACGGUGUUGGAGCCAAACAACUGUCUUGGACCAUGUGUGUGUUAUCUGGGUUCCUGGGGUCCCUCCCCGCCGUGCCGGCCCAGCCUGGAGGCUGCGGGACCCAGGGCUCCGCUCAGCGCUAAGGUCAUGCCAUAGCGUUCUUCUCUUCAUGUUCCAGGCAAUGUAGCCAUGUUCUAGAAGUUGUUUGACUUUCUUGUCGCUCUAUGUUUUUUUAUAAUGUAUCUGCUUUGUGUUUGGAAAUAAAAACAUCUCUAUUUUGG